AUGCUAACCGACGCACUGGACAGCCUACCAAGUGGGCGGGGCAUCGUCAAGGGCGGUGAGGCGAAUCGACGACGUAUUCAAGUUACGACAGUAUCCGGAUUCUGCCGAAUAAAAGCUGUCGCUGUGUUUCAGAUUCGUCCACUCGACGCCUUCAGUUGCCACUCGCCACCAAUGCUCGCUCAGCAGAUUCAACUCAUUCUGCUCCUCAUUUGCCUUUUCCUUCUAGUCCUCCCGUCAUUGGCUUGCUUCGGAGGAGGAGGAGGUGGUGGUGGAAGUUGCUGCGGAGUGCAAGCAUGUCCAAGUCCAUGCGGAUAA